AUGCUUCCAACGACGAUUCGAUCGCCGCCCGCAGAGGCCGACUUCACGCCUCUGGCCGAAUACCAGUCCCAGACCCCCGAGUCCUUCACAGAUGGAAAGCCGGUUCUGCAUUACCAUCUUGCCGGCGCAAAGGCAACGAUCCCUCGGUCGCAGUGCGGCAGCCUGGCGAUUUUCCCCCAGGACUCUCCCGCGGCGCCCAAUGCCUCAAAUGGAGGCGACGCGAACGAGGACGAAGCUGUGGAGGAGCUGGUAGAGCAGACCGUCGAUGUGUUUGCGACUUCAGAAAACUUCGUCAUCUUCAGCAGCCAAGCUGAAGCCGGCGUCUCGAUUCCCUACCCGACCAUUUCCAUCCAUGCCCUCAAAACGGUCGACGACAAGCAAGCUGUCUGGAUGCAGCUUGACCUCGCCGACGGCGGCAGCGACGACUCCGAUUUCCAAACCGUCGAGCUUACCAUCAUCCCGCCGCAGAACCCAUCCUCUUCUGAGGCAAGCUCGGCAAAGCAGCUCUACGAGGCCAUGGCCAAUUGCUCCGACUUACAUCCCGAUCCUGAAGUCGAGGACGACGACGAGAACGAGUACGAUCGCAUCGUCUUUGAGGGCAACGUGGGUCACGAGGCCGUUGAGGGAUUCACGGGCGUGUUGCGCGGUGUUGCAGAUGGUGGGCUGCCGCCCCCUAUGCCUGGUAGUGGCGGUUGGAUUACGGCGGAUAAUGUGCACGAGUACUUUGACGCGGAUGGCAACUGGAUAGGUGGCGAGCAGGAAGGAGAGGGAGAAGAGCCUGAAGAGCUUGGUGAGGGAGCUGGUAGGACACGCCCGAGGGACGAGCUUGAGAAGGGAGAGGGUGUCAAUGGGCAUGAUUCAGCUGAGGAUCCGGAGACCAAGCGGCCCAGAGUUGAGAGCGCCGGCGACGACGCGUAA